GGCCGCCAUGUUUCUGUCUGGUUGCUGUGAUAGAGACGCGACGCUUCGGGUUUUCAACUUCUGUUAUAAAUUCAGAAAAUCCUCUGAAAUAAAGCUCUACAGUAACACAAUGCUGAUAAAUUCACGACAGAGCUGAAGGUGUGGGAUCAGAGAGCAGGGCCGCGCGCGCUCGUGUCGCGCCGCCGUCACCAUGGCGACCACGGGGCUGCGCAUCGGAGAUCAGCUGGUGCUGGAGGAGGACUAUGACGAGAACUACAUUCCUUCAGAGCAAGAGAUCCACGAGUACGCCGUAGAGAUCGGCAUCGACCCGGAGCGUGAGCCCGAGCUGCUGUGGCUGGCCAGAGAGGGGAUGGUGGCGCCGCUGCCGGCCGAGUGGAAACCAUGUCAGGACGUCACCGGAGAGGUGUACUACUUCAACUUCUCCACGGGUCAGUCCACCUGGGAUCAUCCGUGUGAUGAACACUACCGCCAGCUGGUGGAGCAGGAGCGCCAGCGCAGCCAACACCCCCCGAAGAGAGACAAGGACAAGAAGAAGAAGAAGGACAAGAAAGACAAGAAGAAGGACAAGAAGAAAGAGCUGGAGGAAGUCAGAGCUCCAGGGGUGUCGGCUCCUCUCGCUCCUCUCCGUGGUCUGUCCGAGGCUCCUGUCGCUCCUCUCAGAGGAUCUCUGGGUGCCUCGUCUGGACUCCAGCCGCUCAGAACCUCUCUCGGGGCUGGUGUGUCGAGCUCUACUGCUUCCAGGAGCGUUCAGGAGGAGAGGAGGGCUGAAGAGGACGAGGAGAUCUCUGAGGAAGAGAGGCCGCGGGAUUCAGCCGGACUGCUGCAGAACCUCCAUCUGGAUCUGGACGCUCUGGGAGCAGGACUGCAGUACGAGGACAGUGAGGUCAGUGUGACGGUUCCUCCUGAAGAAAGAACAGAACCUGAACUACAGGAUUUGGCCCUGUCCAGGGAUCACAGUCCAGAGGCGUCUUCAGAGGAGUCUGAGGACAGUGAAGCAGCAGCGUCACUCUCAUCUGCUCAUAAUGUGCAGGCUGGUUUCCACUCCAGACUCUCAGAGAAUGUGUUUGAUCUGCUGGAUCUGUCACCUGCAGUGGACAGGAAGGAAGUCGAGGGCGAGGCAGAUGUGGACAGCUGUGUGGAUGUCUCUGACUCUGCAGACAGGCAUGUGUUGCGUGAUGAAGAAGAGAAGAAGAGACAAUUAGAGAGAGAGGAAGAGGAGAAGAAGAGACAAGAAAGGGAGGAAGAGGAGAAGAGAAAGUGUGAGGAAGAGGAGAAGAGACACGUAGAGAGGGAGGAAGAGGAAGAGGAGAAGAAGAGACAAUUAGAGAGAGAGGAAGAGAAGAAGAAGAGACAAGAGAGGGAGGAAGAGGAGAAGCGUAAGCGUGAUGAAGAGGAGAAGAGACAAUUAGAGAGGGAGGAAGAGGAGAAGAGAAAGCGUGAGGAAGAGAAGAGGAAGAGACAAGUAGAGAGAGAGGAGAGGAAGAGGCUGGAGGACGCAGAGAGACAGAUGGAGGAGGAGAGGAGCAGACUGAUGGAGGACACACAGAGGAGACUGCAGCUGCUCAGAGACGCUCUGAUGAAGGACGAGGAGGACGAGGAGCGCCGGAUGAAGGAGGAGAGCGCUGAGCAGCUCAGGGUCCUGAAGGAGCAGAUGCUCAAACAGAGACGAGACGAGGAGGAGAGACUGAACAACGACAUGUACACACAACUACAACAGCUCAGGCUUGAGAAUGAGGUGAAGCUGCAGGCUGUGCUCAGAGCUGGAGGCGGAGCAGGAAGGGCGGAGACUCAGAGGAGGCGGGACCUUGAGCGCCUGAGGGAGGAGUCGGAGGAGGAGCUCCAGGCAGAGAGGAGGCGGCCAAGAGAAGAAGAGGAGCAGCUGACCUCCAUCAGACUACAGGCUAAACUGAGUGACACACAGAAGGAUUUGAGGAGCACACGACCAGAACAGCCUUUAGCAGAGUACCAGAGAGAGAUCACAAAUGUGCUGCAGGAAGUGCGGGAGGAAGUCGAGAGAGAUCACAGGAGGAAACUAGAACAGCUGAAGGAGGAACAUCAGCAGGAGCUACAGAACCUGAGAGAGACACACCUGCAGCAGGAGAGCAGGGAGCGGGAGCGUCUGCUGGAUUCUCUUCAGAAAGAGAGAGACGCUGUGAUCUCUAAACACACAACACAACUACACAAACUACAGCACACACUGGACACACAGCUGCAGGAGAUGCGCAGGACACACUCGCAGAAGGAGUCAGAGCUACAGGAGUGGAUGGAGAAGCUGGAGAUUCAAACCAAAGCACUUCAAACUCAGGAGACUGAACUUCAGUCAAAGGCAUCAGAUCUGAGGAAGAGGAGACAGCAGCUGUGUGAGGAAGAGGAGGACGUGCAGAGAGGAUUACAGUCUCUCCCGCAGCUGCUGAAGGAGCGGGACGAGCUGCGUGAGGAGCUGCAGCGGAUGAGAGCAGAUCUGCAGAGAGAGAGACAGGAGCGAGAGCGACAGAGAGAGGAGAGCUGCAGGAUGAUGGAGGAGAGACAGCAGCUGGAGGCCAGAGUCACGCUUCUGCAGGAGCGAUGUGAGCAGCUCACCUCCAGAGUCAGUGAACUGGAGCAGAGCAGCAGAGCGGAGCGAGAGCAGCAGCAGGACGGAGCAGAGGACGAGCAGAAGAAGAGCAAGAGAAAGACAGAGAACGGUCUGCGUUUGGAGGAUCUGGAGGCUCCGCUGCUGCGGUCAGACACCAGCGACACCAGCGUAGACGAUGUGAGGCAGUACGUGUGGAAUGAGAGCGUGUCUCUCUUCAGGGCUCGCCAGUUUCUGGAGCGGCAGAACGCUCACAUGUUUGACAGACAGGCAGCGCUGCGGGCGGCUCACAGCAGUCUGAAGGACCCCACGCCUGGGAGCUCAACACAGCAGCUCUGCCACAACCUGCAGCAGGAGGUGAGGAAUUUGGCUGAGCUGAGAGAGACGCUUCAGAAGGGUCAAACACUCCUGAAAGAAAAAGAGGAGAAGCUCAACCAGCUCGAAACAUCACUGACUGAAGAGGUGUCAUGUGAUGAUGCUGAGAGGUCAGUUGAUCGGAAAGUGAUGUUCGAUGUGACCGAGUCAGAGAUGAGCAGUGUGUACAGCCCAGAGGGAACAGUUCCGGUGAAGGUGCAGCAGCUGGCCGACUCUCUGCAGCUGAUCUCAGGUCAGCUCAACUCUGUGUUAGGAGCUUUGGGUUCACUAACACACAAACAGACUCCGCCCCCUCUGACAACACCCCUGCUGCCCCGCCCCUCGUGGGCGUGGCCUACAACCCCCUCCCCCUCACUGGCCAACAGACUCUCACACAGAGCCACAGACGCACUGCAGACGCGCUGGAGCGGCCUGAGCUCAGAAACCAGCAGAGCACACAUGACCUACUCAGGAUACACACCACCAAGUCUGUCGAGUCUGCGUCCGUCAGAGGUCGAGGGUCAGCGGCUGCAGGGUCUUAUUGAAGGAAACAAACGCUGGCUGGAGGCUCAACGGAAGAACCGCAACAUUCCUCUGUUCCCGAGCCUCAGAAGCGCGUCCAGCGGCGGAGGGUUAGUUCAGCUCAGUCUCGAUGAUAACAACCAGAUUAAAGUUCAUCACUACUGAAGCAGUGUUCUCAGGACGGCUGAAGAUCGUCUGUGAGCUGAGAACGGUGCAGGAUUGCUCACAAGCGGUUUCAAAAACACAUUUAGUUCACAUUCUCAUUCGUAUAGCUGUGUGUAAUGUGCAGAUCUCAUAUUUUUGUAAACAAUAAAUGAAUUUAAUACUUGA